UCCACAACAAAACAAUCCUUUUCACCUUUUUGUUUGGAUUUCGAAGACGACGACGACUCACAAUAGCAUACGCGCAAAAGAAACUGACCGCAAAGAGUGACAAACAAUAAAUUUGCCAAAUGUCCGACUUGUACGUGUACUGCAAUGGUCGAACGGGUGGCAGCAGUUCCAAACACCCCCAGUCAGCCGGCAUGGCAUCCAACGUGACGACAAAUCGAAACAUGAACUGGCUCAUCCACGAGCUGUACACCAGAAAGGAUUUCGCUCUAUGCAAGAAGCUCAUCGACAGGCAGCUGACAAUAAAUUAUGACAAGGAGUUCUUGUUUUACACAAAGGGACGGAUCCUGCGAGAUGAGGAUAAACCAACGGAUGCCAUAAAUUGCUUCCAGCAAGCGAUUUUGGCGAACAAAAAGAACUCGGAGAACUACAAGGAGCUGGCGAAGACACUCUUCUCAAUGGGUCGCUUCAAACAAGCACUGGAGGUAUUUCUCAAAGCGGAAACUUUACUUGAGCGACCGGAUCACGAGGUUUAUCACCACAUCGGCGAACUUUUCUACCGCAGCUUUGGCCAACCGAAGGCAGGGCUACCCGAAGCCAAGGAGUAUCUGAAACAAUCCAUCAUGUGCGGUAAGCACGUUGAUAGUUACAAAAUUCUGGCCGAAAUAUACAUCGAAGAGGGAGACAAUCUGAAGGCAAUCGAGAUGAUUGAAAAUUGUCUGCAAAUUUCUCAGGAUGACGUCGCACUGAUGGUUCAGAUUGGUAUACUGUACUUGAAGAUAAAUGAAUACCAAAGGGCAUUCGAGAAACUUUUGGACGCAAUUGCGAUAGACGAUAAAUGUACAACCGCUCUGCUGGCGCUGGGCUCCAUUCUUCAGUCUAAGAACGAUAUCGACGGUGCGCUGAACAAGUACAAGAGAAUUUCGAAUCUGCCGGAUGAGGGAUCUGAAGUUUGGAGCAACAUUGGGUUGUGUUUUUUCAAGAAGCAAAAGUACAUAGCGGCUAUAUCAUGCUUGAAGAAAGCCAUUUGGGUUGCACCAUUAAACUUUAACGCACUCUACAACUUGGGCCUGAUCCUGGUUACAGCUCAGCAAUAUGUCAGCGCUUUCCAGACAUUGGCAGCGGCCAUUAGCCUUAGGCCGGAUAAUGCGGACUGCUACAUGCUACUUGGAACUUGCCUUAGGCACCUCAACGACUCGGGCAACGCGUAUCUUGCACUGGAAAAGUCAACUAUGCUGCCGGACGCCAUCAAAAAUCCAUUAAUAUAUCUCAAUUUUGCCCUGUACUGCUACGAAAUUGGAAAACCGGAUCAGUCCGUUUCAUACUUGGCUAACUUCUUGGACACGACUCAACACAUUAGCGUCCACCGGGAGUACAUGAAGAUGGCAGAUCGGUUGAAUGCUGCCCUGUCAGCGUCGGUCGCCAGCAGCGAACCUUUGGCGUUACCGCCGACGACGUUGGCGUUAGAAGGUCAACAUCACCGUCGUGCGACUGUCGGACAUUUGACCGCGUCCACUUCAAACGAGGACAACACCGCCCCAAAGGACGCCAUCGCCAGUGGAAUACGUAAUGAAGGCGGUGAUGCCACUGCGGGAACUGAUGAUGAUACUGAGUAAGGAUGCGGAGGAAAGACUAUAUAAGAUGGAAAAUCCCUUGCAUAACAAGGGCGGGAGGAGACGGAAAAGGGGUCAUCUCGUACUCGUUGCACCUACCGUGCGAUGCGACGAUGGAAGUGAGCAGUGAAUAAAUGACAAUUGGAACUGCUUUAGAUUCUGUUUGUGCAUUUGUCCACGAAAAAGCACAAGGUUGUAAAUGAUAGCAAUGCAUUAUUGGGUCAUACUUCAUGAUAAUAAUAUUCUAGAAUUGAAAAAAGACAGUGCAUCUUUUUUGUAUGUAUGUAAGAAUGAAAUAAAACUCCUCACUUGGGAUUAUGACACCACA